UGAAUACGUGAUCUGAAAAUCUGACAACUCGAUUAGUCUCAUUUGUUUCCGCCCCCACAACCCCGCUCAACCCCUGACCCCCCAAUCGCCAUUCCCUUGGAACCCUUCUAUCUCAAAAGACUAGCCGUUAGGGUUUUCUCGAAGGGGCCUUACCAAUUUCCGCUUUCCAAUUAUCCAAUUCGCUUCAGAUCUGUAGCAACAGAAUGUACGGAUUCGAAGCGCUGACCUUCAACAUCCAUGGUGGUUACCUGGAGGCGAUCGUUCGAGGAUACCGUUCGGGGCUCCUCACGGCAGCCGAUUACAACAACCUCUGCCAGUGCGAAACCCUGGAUGAUAUCAAAAUGCACCUCUCUGCCACCGAGUACGGUUCUUACCUCCAAAACGAGCCCUCUCCAUUGCAUACGACAACAAUUGUGGAGAAGUGCACCCUUAAACUGGUUGAUGAGUAUAAGCACAUGUUAGCCCAGGCUACGGAGCCUCUGUCCACAUUUUUAGAGUAUAUCACAUAUGGGCACAUGAUUGACAAUGUUGUGCUAAUCGUAACUGGAACAUUGCACGAGAGAGAUGUUCAGGAAUUGUUGGAGAAAUGCCACCCUUUAGGGAUGUUUGACAGCAUUGCUACUCUAGCAGUUGCCCAGAAUAUGAGGGAGCUUUACAGACUGGUGCUUGUUGACACGCCCCUGGCUCCAUACUUCUCCGAAUGCAUUACUUCAGAGGACUUAGAUGACAUGAAUAUUGAAAUUAUGAGGAAUACUCUCUACAAGGCAUACCUUGAAGACUUUUACAGAUUUUGCAAGACACUUGGCGGUGCCACUGCAGAGAUUAUGUCUGACCUCCUAGCCUUUGAAGCUGACAGAAGGGCUGUUAAUAUCACGAUAAACAGUAUUGGCACUGAGCUCACUCGAGAUGAUCGUAGGAAAUUGUAUUCUAAUUUUGGCUUGCUAUAUCCUUAUGGUCAUGAGGAGCUUGCCGUCUGUGAAGAUAUAGAUCAGGUGCGUGCGGCCAUGGAAAAGUAUCCUCCUUAUCAGUCCAUAUUUUCUAAGUUAUCCUAUGGAGAGAGUCAGAUGCUUGACAAGGCCUUCUAUGAAGAGGAAGUAAAACGACUUUGCUUAGCAUUUGAGCAGCAGUUCCAUUAUGGUGUGUUUUUUGCAUACAUGAGGUUGAGAGAGCAGGAGAUCAGAAAUUUGAUGUGGAUAUCUGAGUGUGUUGCUCAAAACCAGAAGUCCAGAGUGCACGAUAGUGUUGUUUUUAUAUUUUAAUACACGAUCGAGAAACACUGUUUGAUAACUACUACUACCAUGUCCGCAGUCCACCGUGAUGUUUUUCUGUAAAUUUGUUCUCGCCUUUCUUGAUUUAUUUCAGCUGCGGAGGGCAUUCAUUUUGCUCUUUGUUCAACUUUCAUGAAUAAGCCGUGUGAUUUAUGAUCUAUUAGCUGGAGGGAAAAGUUUUCUAUUGAUACUGAUGAAUGUAUGUCUGCCCAUAAAUUUAUCUGAUCUGAUGUACAACAAAAUUGUUGACGCUUAUAUAUAUAUAUUUAUUAUAAAAGGAUUGUAUCAA